GUGAUGAUGACUGGUGGGGUCCGUGGUUUUUACCGGAAACUAUUGUCCUGCAUGUGCCUUGUACUCUACUUUGUCCAAUAUAGCACCGUCGCUGUGAAUGCUGAAUGUAAAAUCGGUGGAUUUGACCUAGAAACACUGAAUCAGUGGACGUGGGAAGUGCGAGCCGCUGAUUGGAAUAAUAUAGUUUCCAUUUAUCAUAUAAAUAUAUGCAAGAAAUUUGGAACCACAGAAAGCACUGCAGGUUGCCAAGACAGCAUCGUAUGUGAAGAAAAGGACAAUGUGUUCACGAACAUUGGCAAUUACACUGAGACUUUAGCAAAUUCUAUCGAGAGCUCUGGUGGGCUGAGAGUUGACUAUAAAGGGAUUGUAUGCCCUAUAAAGGUUGUCACAGGUGGGAUAUAUACAGGUCCUGAAGAUGAACCGGAAGAUGAAAUAGAGUAUUUACAAACAACAAUAAAUUUCAGAUGUGGAAAAACUUUGGGUUCACCAGAGUUUGUUGGAAAAUUUGGAUGCACAUAUUUUUUUGACUGGUAUACCUCAGCUGUCUGCAAAAGCUUAUCUACUGAAGCCAAGUCUGAGGUACCCUGCUAUGUAUACGACGCAAAUAACAAAAAACGUGACUUGAAUCCCCUUAUCAAGACGACAGGUGGUUAUCUCAUAGACACAGAGGGCGAAGAGAGUUUUUUUAUUAAUGUAUGUCGAGAUAUUAAUCCACAAACUGGUGGUGCUACCCAAAAUUGCCAUGAAUCGGCAGCAGCGUGCCUUAUCAAAGGCGAUACCGCAUAUGACAUGGGUGUGCCAUCAAUGGGCAGGCUUGAAAUUAUAGACGAUAACACCUUGAAGCUACACUAUGAAGCUACCGUGACCCCCGCUUUGGCUGAAUGUAACGGAGUGAAACCAAAAGUAAUUAUGCGUUUUGUUUGCCCCAAGGACGAGGGCAUAAGAGGAGGGGGAAAAGAUCCCAUGAUGCUGUCGAGUAUUAACUGUCAAUAUGAAAUUGAAUGGUUCACAGAGUACGCCUGUGAAGAGGAAUACAGUGUCUCAUCCACAUGUCAACUGACACAAGACACUCAUGGCAUUGAUAUUGACCUUUCGCUUCUUCAAAAACCUUCAGAAUCUGAGGAUAAAUAUAUUGCUGAAGGUAAGGGGUGGGAUGAUAAAAUGUACAGGUACUAUCUUGAUGUCUGUAAAAAUACUGAUAUAGAGUGUGAUGGGGACCAUGCAAGAGAUCCUGCAGUCUGGCAGACGUCUGAAGACAGUAAUUGGUGUACUGUUGCAGGUUCAAACAAAGACAGGAUAUUGAGGUUCUCAGAUGGUGAAUUGACUUUGAUUUACCGACAUGGUGAUCAGUGUAGUCAUAAUGGUUUAGAAAGGAGUUCGUUCAUCUCAUUCAAAUGCAAUGCCGCUUCAGGCAUUGGUGAACCCAAGUUCGUUACUGAGGAGGAAUGCUCCUAUUUUUUCGAGUGGGAAACGAAACAUGCCUGCCGUGACCAUGCUCGUGACAGCAACUGUCAUGUGACCAGCAGUGAUGGGAAACAGCAGUUUGAUCUCUCAACGCUUGUAAAAACUGAGGGGAGUAACUGGGAAGCCCUUCAACAUGAUGAGUCUGAUGAGAGGUAUUUUUUAAACGUCUGCGGUGAUAUCUUGUCGUCUGAUCCAUUUACUACGAACUGUCCACCGGGAUCUGCAGGCUGUAAAAUCGGCACAGACACUGGAGCGCAAAGUCUUGGCAAGUACAGCAGCUCAUUGAUAAUAGAAGGCGGCAAUCUGAAACUGACUUACUCUGAAGGAUCUCCCUGUGUUGAUACUGAUUCCAGUAUUCACAUGGAAACAACUAUCACUUUUGUCUGCUCCCCAGGUGAUUUGGAAAGUGGUCCGACGUUGAUUCGUAAAAAUAAAUGUCUGUAUGAAUUUGAGUGGCACACUGCGGCAGCUUGCCCACUAGGCAAACGAAAAGGGGAUCAUUGCAAAGUAGUUGACGAUGAAGCAGGUUUUUCUUUUGAUCUGAGUAAUCUGAAGAAAGAAGACAAUUACAAGGUGACAUAUAGUAUGUAUGACUAUUAUAUCAAUGUAUGUAAAGAAGUGACAGGUACGGGGGCUACGAACUGCGACGGAACAGCUGGUGCAUGUCAGAAACAGACUACAGGUGACAAUGCUUGGAUUACUGGUCUUCCUAGCAGUGAGCUAGAAUACUAUGAUGGAGUUAUCAGACUCACUUACAGCAAUGGAGAUCCAUAUCGCACUACAAAUAAUGGUCAAAUCAACAGACAGACACAAAUUGCAUUUUUAUGCAAACCUGAUGCUGGGAACGGGACACCUGAGUUCAUCGGUGAGGGUAACUAUACAUAUUCGUUCAGAUGGUAUACCAAAUAUGCCUGCCCUCAGAUACCCAUUGAAUGUACAGUCACAGACCCUGAUACGCAUAAACAGUAUGAUCUGUCCAGUUUAUCCAAGGCUGAGGAAGAUGAAAACUGGUCGGUGAUUGACCCUUAUACCAUACAGAAGUACUACAUUAAUGUUUGUCGAUCAAUAAACCCGGUAGCCGGAUGUUCUACCUACGCUGCUGCUUGUCAAACCCAGAUUAAUAGUCAGUUUAAAGAAGUCAUAGGUAUACCUAAUAUGGGCAUUGCUAGUAGUCGGCCUACAAUUGAGAGUUCUGAGAGCAUCUUGCUUGAAUACACUGAUGGUCAAGACUGUACUGAUGUUGAUAACAAGAUAGUCAAAACAGCAAUCAGAAUACAUUUUAUCUGUACUCCAGGAAACUUAGAGAGUGUUCCUCGUUUUGUUGAAAAAAUUGGGAAUUGCCAGUAUUCAUUCAUGUGGAACACUGAAGCAGCAUGUGCCAUUGAUGACACUAAAGGGGAGGAGUGUGCUGUUAAAGACCCAAACUCUGAAUAUACGUUCAACUUGCAGCCCCUGAAGAGAAAGACUUAUUACACUGUAACAACUGAAGAACAACCAUCUCAGACAUUUAAGAUUAACAUUUGUGAUAACGUGAUUAGUUCAGAAUGCUCUGGGUCUUCUGCAGCGUGUCUUCUUGAUAACGGCAAAUGGAAGUCCAUUGCUUCCAAGAGUACAUCACCAGAGUUCUCCGAUGAUGGACAAUUAACGUUGAAGUAUGAAGGCGUUCGAGAUGUGAAUAGUGGUCAGUUUGUAAAUGUUGUUAUAACAUUCUUGUGCCGUACGAGCAUCCAGCUCGGAGAACCAAAAUUUGUGCGAAAAGAAGGAAUAACUUAUCUGUUUGACUUUGAGACUGCUUUGGCAUGUCGUCCACAGUCUGUUGACUGUCUGGUCUAUGAUUCGCACGCCAAUCAGUACGACCUCUCAUCUUUGAGUCGAGAGAGCGGUAAUUGGGAAGCUGUUGACACGCGUGUCGGCUACGAGCAUUUGCGCUAUCAUAUUAAUGUCUGUAGACCUUUGAAUUCUGCUCCAAAUGGUGACUACAUUUGCCCAGGGGGUCCGAUUGGUGGAUGUCAGACCAGUGAUAAUGACCCUAAACAGAAUUUUAAUCUUGGAUAUAUCCAGGCCAUGCCAGAAGCAGGAAUUGAUGGGUCACUGAGCAUCCAGUAUCUUAACGGAGAUCAGUGUCACGGAAAGUAUCAUCGGAGUACACGGAUCAAUUUUGAGUGUUCAACAAUCCAGGGCUCCCCAGUGUUUCAAGAUGAGACUCCAGAAUGCGAGUAUGUUUUUACUUGGGAAACUCCGAGUGCCUGUAAAUUGCAGCAAAAUAUCGGCUCCGAGUGCAAAGUGAAGGAUCCUAGAUACGGCAUUGAGUUUGACCUUUCACCUCUGCGAAAUGAAGCACAUGACUAUCACGUGACUGUUGGAGGGUAUACGUACUUGGUCAAUGUAUGCGGUGCACUAAAAGAAGGCAGCGGUGUGUGUACAGGGGAGGUUGGAUCGUGUCAGUUGUUGGAGAACGGUACUCCGGUUGAUGCAGGAAAGUACAACCAAGAACUGAAAUAUGAUAAUGGCAUGUUAGCGCUGAACUACACAACUGGACAAAAAUGUCACAGCGAUAUUUAUGAACGAGCGACGUUACUGCAGUUCACGUGUGAUGAAGAAGUUGAAGGUACCAAUGUCUCAAGUAUAUCAUUCUUCAAAGAAACGGAUGACUGCACGUAUGUUUUCAGUUGGCGUACACGCUACGCAUGCCCUCCGUCCAAGAUUGUAGAAUGUAGUUAUCGCGACCAGGAUGGGGAACAGUAUGACUUGACGCCAUUGUCUGAAAUGACCCACAACUAUGUAGUGAUACCCACCAUACCAGGAUAUAAGAAGGAAAUCUAUUACAUUAAUGUAUGUAGGUCAUUAAAAUCAGAACAAGAUAUUAACUGUCCAGUCAACGCAGCUGCUUGUCUUGAGUAUGAAACCGACGAUGGAACAAAAAAAUGGGAGAGCCUUGGGACUGUAAGCGGGGAGCCCUUUAUGGUGAAUGGUCAACUUCAGCUGCACUACGAACUUGGUGACACCUGUCCUGGCAAUCCUGAUAAGAAAAAAAGUGCCUUUAUAACUUUUAGUUGUCAAGAGGACAGACUUGAAUCCUCUCCUGAAUUCUCCUAUGCAGUUGAAAACUGUGAAUAUUACUUUUUCUGGAUUACAAAAUCUGCUUGUAAACUGAACCAUCAAGAGGUAGUAACGAAUGACUGCACUGUUGAGAAUCCAGAGUCAGGUUUGGUGUUUGAUUUAAAUGUCUUAAAAAAAGACGAGGGAUACAAGGUUCUCAAUACAGAACAUGGUCAUCUGUUUGAUAUUAAUAUAUGCGCUCCACUGAAAACAAGUCAAUGUACAGGAUCAAAUGUUGGUUCUUGCCAGUCACAAGUUGGAAUAAAUAGUGGUCAAGCUAUCAACGCAGGUAUAUACAACCGUAAAUUAUUCUACAAUGAUGGUAUCAUAUCCCUAAACUAUUCCAACGGUGAUCCAUGUCCCGACAACAAAUACCAUCGCAAUAGCAUCUUCAGCUUCAUAUGUAAUCAAGAUGGCGAUAUUGGGAAUCUUGGCGUCCCUGUCUAUCUAGAUGAUACCGACGAGUGUACGUACUAUUUCUCAUGGCAUACACCAUUGGUUUGUGAGAAUUAUAUUCAAUGCAGUGUUGUCAAGUAUGGAAUCGAGGACUUAUUCAUUGAUCUUACACCUCUGAUAACCGAAAAUGGAGGAUACCUCGCAGUUUCGAGCUUGGGUGAUGUCCCGGCCAGUGAUCUCAAAUCUAGUGACACAUACUAUAUUAACUUAUGUCGACCUUUGAACCCUAUCGCUGGUGCAAAAUGCCCUCCAGGUUCGUCUGCUUGCAGAGUGAGAGAAGGAGAAGCACCAAUAAGUCUUGGUAAGGCGGCCGAGGAGCCUUACAUCACAGCGGAAGAUGAAGUGGCAAUCAAAUAUGUCCAUGGAAGUAAAUGCCCUCAGGACGAGAAGAAACAGUUGUCUAUGCUAAUCACAUUUCACUGUAAACCAGGAAUUUCUGAGACGGCUCCUUCGGUUUUUGGAUAUGCAAAUUGUACGUACCUAGUGGAGUGGGACACCGAUGUUGUCUGUCCGAAAUCGAAACCAGCCCCGGCAACAUCAGCAUGUACAUAUUAUGAUUCUGCUUUAGAUUACACCUUUGAUUUAAGCCCAUUGGUUGUUCUUGAUGAUGAUGGUGUGGAAUAUGAUAUAAACAUAUGUGCUCCUGUUCCUGGUGCCAAGGGAAGUUGUGAGAAUGCCGGAGUCUGCAAACACCAUGGAACUAACAAUUAUGGGGUAUCACUGGGAAGUGCUAGCCAUCAAGAAUUCAUGUACGACUCAGAGCUCAAGUUAAUGUAUUCUAAAGGAGAUGGUUGUCCUGGUGUGGUUAGUGAAGAAGACGUGCUGCAAACAACUACAAUCAUAUUUGAAUGCGAUGAGACAAUAGGACAUGGGAAACCAGAGCUCUUCUUGUUGGGAGGAAUUUGUGAGUAUGUAUUUAAAUGGAAGACAAGUUUAGCGUGCCCACCAUCUAGUGAACCGUGCGUUACAGCGUACAAUGGUAAAAUAUAUGAUUUACAGGUGUUAUCCAGAGCUACUGGGCACUGGGAGGUCAAAGACAAAGAUAAUGUGUAUUUUAUCAAUCUUUGCCAGCCAGUAUCGGAGGCCAAAUGUCCAGAAGGAUCUGCCAUUUGUGUUAGGAAAUCAGAUGGUAGUUAUGAGUCAUUAGGAUUGGCAAAGACACAGCAUAUGAAAGGGAUUGUUGAGAUAACAAACAUAGAACUCCAGUGUUCUACUACAGUAGGGAAAGGACCUGUUAUCAGAUCAGCUGAUUCCGAAUCUUGUAACUUUUAUUUUGAGUGGCAGUCACGUGUCGCGUGCAGCAUAGAAAAAGAAUUUGUACAAAUGCAUGAUGAGAAAGUCACGGAUCCUGUGUCAAAUGGUGUAAUUGACCUUUCACCUCUCAUUGACAAAGGUCUGUAUACUGUCGAUGGUGAUAUUCGACUGAACGGCAAACUUGAGCAGUAUGUAUAUUUGAUUAAUUUGAAGAAAGAUGGACUUGACUCAGUUGAAGGCGAUACCGACGGCAAGUGUAAAGGGGCAGCUAUCUGCCAAUACAAGAAAGACUCAAAUUCAAUGUAUCGUAAUAUUGGCAUGGCAUCGCCAAAAUCCCUCACAAUGGAAGCGGAUAUACUUGAGAUUGUGGUAACCAACCUUGGUACUUGCCAUAAAGAUAACAUCGAUGAUGUGACGUCAACGAUAGUAUUCUACUGUGAUAAUGAGGCUGAUCCUAGUCAGUUGGGAGUACCAGAGUUUCAAUACGAGUCAAUGAACUGUCAGUACUUCUUCAAUUGGCACACACCAGCUGUGUGCGUGCAGGCACAACUAGAAUCAUCUAUAUCUAAUCGACUUUCUGCCACAGUCAAGGACAAUCCAGGAACCGUUGGCAUAGUGAUAUUAAUUGUCCUGCUUUCCAUAACCAUUUGUAUCUUACUUAUUGUCUUCCAUAAACCAGAAAGAAGGAGUGCAUUUGCUAGGAAAGUGAGAGGUUGCUGUUGUCCUGGAUACACUGUACCCUCGUACAAAUAUUCAAAGCUUGCUGACAACGAUGUGGAGUCUGACCUUCUAAUGAAUAUACCAGAGAGGGAGUAUGAUGAUGACAGUGAAGAAGAACCUGCGAAUCCAGUUGAAGUUGUUGCCAGUGCGCCUGAACCUAAGCCAAAAACCAAAAAAGACAAAAAAUCGAAACGAGAGAAACCUGAUGAAAAAGACAAAAAGAAGAAAAAGAAAAGCAAAACUAAAAAAGAUGAACCAUUAUUGGACAUGGAUGUAGAUAUAAAAAAUGGUCCCUUUAAAGGAAAAAGCAUUGCUUACCAUGACGACAGUGAUGAAGACAUGUUAAAUAUCUAAAUCUGAACUGUUCCUAAGACAACGCGUUAUAAACACUGAUUUCAAUUCUGUGGCUUUUUUAUUUAUAAUCAGAGAGCUGCUAAUAUCCUUCCUAUAAAGGACAAUCAUGUACUUUAAUUUAGCCGGGUUGUUCUGAUUAACAGAUUUAAUACUGGGAAUUAAAUGCAGUGAUGUUCUCCAUCACUGGUUCAGUACGUUUUGGCAAACAAUACAAAGCUUUAAAGGGAAGUGGUCGUCGUGCCGCGUCCUGUUCGAUAUGGGACUCAUAGCGACGUAUACAACGCGUGUAAAAUACAUUGUUUAUUUACAUAAAAAACGACCAUGCGCUGCACGACUACCACUGCCCUUCAAACACUUAAGGUGGGUAACCAAUAUAAUGACUGUCUGGUACCUGAAUCCUUUUUGUUCAUUUCUAUCUGACUGGGGAUAAAAAUGUCACAAUCUAACCAAUAUGUUAACUAAUCACAAUCCUUUUGUUCAAUGGUCAUAUUUCCUCUUAUUCUUAAGAGAAUAGUGUUGUUAUCUUAUGAAUAGAUAAUAUUUAAGACAU